UCACGGGGGGAACGAAAGGAAAAAGGGAUCACCGUAAAAUCCUAAGGAAUAUCAAAAGGAAAGAGAUUCUACGGGAAGUUACGAGCGAACUAACAAUGGCGGGUGAAGAGAUCGAGAAACCGACGGAGUCCGCCGGUAUGAAAGAACAAGGACUGCACGUGGAAACAUCUGAGCGUGUGGAAAAGGUGGGAAAAAGCAAAUCCAGUAAAAGGAAGAAAGACAAGGGAGUCGCGGGGACAAGUCAGGUCGAAGUCGGCAUGACGAGCCGAAAGACUUCCAAACCGGCCGGUCCUGUGGCUGGGGAAAAGGAGACUGACCCGGUGGAAUCCCUCACCAUGAAAUCCACGGUUGUCGAACCAAGAAUCGGCGAUGCGGAAAAUCAAGAGGAAACCACGGAGAAUUUGAUUGAGGAAAAUGUGAAUGCGGUUACGGAGGAAGAGAUCCCAACCGCAGUUCCUUCAAUCGGAGAAAUGUGGAACGCAAUGAAGACGGUCAUGGCCCAAUUGGCGAUUCUGACCCAGACUUCCUUACCGGCGGAAGGACCAACCGCCGGCCAGUCUGCCAAGAUUCGAUCAACGGUAACUGCCUCGGGAAUCAAUGCGGAAAAUUCCUCUGAAGUAAUCGAGUUCGGACCCAAUAGAAGCGGAUGAAUGGAGGAGCCGAUUGGUAAGAAACUUUAGGUCCACGC